AUGAGCUCACAAGCUCGAAUGCAACUCUUAACUGAGAAAGCGAUAGCUAGUAAACGAUAUUUGUAUGAUGCAAACAAGCAGGAACCACCGUCAUUAGCUUACCUUGAAAAUGCAGUCAACCAAAAAUCAAUAACACUAAAAAGAUCGGAUCCAAAAUUAAUAAUCCUAGAUUUGAACGGUACUCUCGUAUACCGUGACAAAUCACACAACAAUCGAAUAUUUUCACGGCCGUUUUUGAUGCAGUUCUUGGACUAUAUUUUUGAAAGAUUUUAUGUGAUGAUAUGGUCUUCAGCUGCCCCAAAUAACGUCAAAAAAAUUGUUGAUGCAGUCUUUCCGCCAAGACAUUCCAGUAAUUUGGUUGAUAUGUGGGCACGUGAUUCGUUUGGUCUGACGACGUUUCAGUAUCGUCAAAAAUGGCUCACCAUAAAAGACUUGGAAAUUGUUUGGGAGAGGCUUAAUAACCAAAAUAGAAAUCGAGAAAACCCACCAAUAUGGAGUCAAAACAAUACGCUGCUAAUUGAUGAUUCGCCGCUUAAAGCUCAAUUGCAACCGUAUAAUGCCAUCCAUCUUGAUGAAUAUGAUUUAGAACUUCAUCGCUCCAGAAGAGACGAAGAAUUAAAUGAUGCGAUUUUAUAUUUGUCGGAUCUCAGAUAUGAGAGUAACGUUAGUGCAUUUAUAAGAAAAAAUCCUUAUAAACCAAGAUUCAAAUCCAAAGAAUCUUACACGCAAUAUCUAAAUGUAAUAGAACAAAAUGAAUCGUACUAUAGACCCAGCAAUCAAUUUAAUACAACACCGGCAUCAUCAGACUAUAAAAAAUCACGACGAGGAGAUGGAGGAUACGAUGGUAGAGGGUUGUAUCAUAAUGAUAGUAAUAGUUCUCGGCAGAAUCUCAAUAAUGCUCCUGAUGUUAUUGAGCGAAUAGAUGAGUUCGGGCGAAUAAGAAGGGACCAUUAG